AUGGAUGAUGAAGUUAUUGUGGAAGUCUUGGCUAAAACUGGAAGAGUUAAAAGUCAUGAAACAAAGCACAGAUUUCUUAGAGACCCCACAAAGCAGACUGAAAAGAUGGUGUAUGGUCGUGUGAUUGGGAUGACAAAGAGAGUUCGCUAUGCAGAUGUGAAGCAUCCCAUCCUUUUAUGCACGCUUGACCAGAAAGGAGGUGGUCUUCUGAUACCACUGUGUAAAACUGUGCCCAAAAUAUGUUCCAUGAAUAAUGCUGACGGGAAAAAAUUCCCCAGAAUGUCAGAUGCUGUCAGGAACACAUUCCCCAGAAUGUCAAAGUACAAACUGGAAAUCAAAACAAUUGAUGAAAAUGGGUACAUAGCACACAAGAAAUUUGUUGAUAUAGAUCCUGAACGACGAGAAGAGUAUAUAUUUAAAGUUGUCAUUCUUUGCUGGAGAAGGCAGUUUGCAUAUCCUCUGGGAGCUAUACUGGAUCUCCAAAUGGGUGGGAGAAGCUAUAAAGAAGGUUUAAAGAUACUUUGCAUUGAAUACAAAGUGCCUAAGACAUUCCCCAGUAUAGUUGUCAAUGAUACACAGUCUUUUAUCAGUGGGGAUGGUCAAGUCCUUCAGGAUCCUCCAACACGCAGAGACUUGACCAGCAGGCGAAUCUUCACAAUAGAUCCAGAGGACUCCCAGGACUUAGAUGAUGCUCUGAGUGUUUGGACUGAAGAUGAUGAUGUGGUGGUUGGAGUUCAUAUUUCUGAUGUGGCAGCUUUCAUAAGGAAAGGCAGUGCCAUUGACAAUGAGGCAAUGGAGAGAGCAGCCACAUUUUACCCACUUUAUCACAAGCCACAUCCCAUGCUGAAUCUGAAGAAUGAUGAUGAGUUGCUGAUAGAAAGAACUCUAAUAAGAUCCAAAAGAAAGUUUUCCUAUGCAGAAGCACAAAAGAUUAUUGACAAUGAGCUACCUGCAGAUAUUGAUCCACUCUUGUGCCAAGACAUUCUUCAGCUGCACAAAUUUGCAUCCAAUCUCAGACGAGAACGUCUCAAAGACAGAAGAUUCUUUGUUCCAUAUAAAGAUCCUCGUUUGAAGACCAUGCAUGAUAGAGAAGAAGAGUGUUUUGAGGCCCAUGCUCUUGUGGAAGAAUUCAUGGUGCUCACUAAUACUUCUAUAGCACAUCUCUUGAAGUCAAAAUUUUCUGAUGUAAUGAUUCUUCUUCUUCAGAAACCUCCCACGUUUGAAGAGCGUGGGAAAUGGCUAGAGAGAGAAGGAAAUGUUGCAAAGUUGGUAAUGAAGUUACAGGGCAAAAAGGUAACUCCAGGCAGUGAACUUUCUGUCAGGGAAGAGUUACCAUCGGAGGACCAUAAGCUCAUUGUCCAGAAAGGUCUGUCACAGGACCUAGACAAACUAGCUUUCAUGGAUGCUUUACACCCACUGCAAUGUCUUGCCAGUGAACGUUGGCUGGAAAUGACUGAGGCAGCCAAAUAUAAAUGUUCCCAUGGACUAGACCUCUCUGAUCAUCAACAUUUUGGCCUUGACUGUCCUUGCUACACACAUUUUACCUCUCCAAUUAGGAGGUAUGCUGACCUACAUGUACAACGCCUCGUACAUGCACACCUGGAUGGUGUGAAUCCUGACUACUCCCAUGAGGAGGUCACCGCACUCUGUGAACACCUGAAUAUUGUUGCUGCUAGGCAAGCUGCCUUUGAAAAGAGAUGUGUUAGUCUGGGGAUUGCUGAGAGAAUCUCCACAGACCCUUUAUUGUUUAGGGCAUAUGUGAAAGAUGUGGACUAUGACCAAAUAACUCUAUGCUUGCCUUCUUUGCUGCAUGUGCAUAAUAAAACGCAGGAAAUAUCAUUCAGCAUGCUAGGGGUCAGUGCACAGCCACAGGUGACUUGUGACAGGAGAGGACAGCCUUCAGAUGUGACUGUCCUAUGGAAUUCUAGAAUUUACAACAUAGCAGGAACCGGUAGUGCUGCUUCCAAUCCAUCUCAGCCUCUGACGGUAAACAUCAACACUCACCAGCUCACUGAAACAGUGAGCCAAAGUGCUUGGGCUGAAAUACUGCGAGCUUUGGUUGAAGAGCCUCAUGGUGCAAUACCAGAACCACCAUGGCCCACAUCUAAUGAAAACGCUGGAGUGGAUGUUAUUUCAUCUGAGAAAGGUGAUGGCACAGUCAGUUUGCAUCCAGUUCCUUUCAGUAUGAGCAUCUCAGUUGGGCAGGUGCUUUUAGUUCAGAUGUCUGCUGAACCUGAGAGAGGUGUUCUUUCACUGAAAGUGGGACUUGUCCAACAUACGCGCAAAGCAAGCAUUUGCACACAGCAUUUGAAAAAUCCAGUGUCAGCACUGUCACGUUCUUCCACUAAACCCACCCAGGGGUGCAUGUUUAGGAAUCAUAUCAGCUACAUGCAGGCUUGGCUGGGCUUGCUGGAGAUGGAAGCAGCUACAGAAGCAGGGCAUAGUAAGGAUGCAGUUACAAUUGAAAAUGUCAAAAUCAAAUUUCAGCAAGAAGUUGAUCGACAGUCACAUGGAUCUGUUGUAUACAAAGGUCAUUUUAAACUACCUUCAAGUUUCUGCUUUGACCGAUGCAUUGAGUUUGGUGGCACUACAAUGAGUGAUGAGGAAGAAGAUCCUGAUUGCCCCCUGGACUACUUGUGCAUCAAGUACUUGGGGAAUUGCAAAGAGUCCACAGCUUCUCAAGUGAGGGCAUCAAGUGUGAAGUGUGCUGUAGAAAGCUGCUAUUGGUGGGUGGGUCAUGGCAGUGUGAUGAUAGUUGACCAAUAUAUCCCAGGAAACAAUAGGGAGGAGAACAUUGUAAUAGAUUUUGUUCUUAACUACAACUGCCAGGCCCCACCCAUGGAGCUGCUGGAUGGGACUGGUGGCAAAGUGACAGUUGAGAUCCUUCCAAAAUCUCCUGUAAGCAGACAGGCACAGAAGAUGCUGUUUCAGUUAGGAGACGAGAGUCUUGUGCUUCCACGAGCCCUUGCUUUUGGUCAAAUCUGCCCAAAUCUUAGUGCGUUGUCAGAUGAACGACGUACCUUGCUUGGAAUGAAUAAUGAGAACCAUGAAGUGGAUAUUAUCGGAUCUUCACUUCCACCCAACAAUGACAAACAGAAGGAAGCAAUAAAAGCAUCCCUGACUAACUGUGUUACUCUCAUUCAGGGGCCCCCAGGUACAGGCAAGACUUGUGUGGGGGUGAAACUAGUGUAUCUGUUCAACAAGAUCAACAGUCAGCUUGAGAGAGAAGGCAAAGGAAAAGCAAUUCUCUUUUGUGGCCCUUCCAACAGGUCUGUGGAUCUAGUUGCUGGGUUGUUGAAGGAGAAACUGGGUGAUGCAUGUCCAAAGAUAAUAAGAGUGUACGGUUCGACAAUCGAGUGUAACGAUUACCCAGAUCCAAAGACAAUUUUAGGCCAUAGAGGUGGGCUUCGAAAUGUCCAGAGUGAUCCUUCACUGAGGGAUAUUAGCCUUCAUCAUGUCAUUCGCCAGCCUGGCAAGCCAUAUGCUGAGCAGAUCAAGUCAUAUGAUGAAAGGUUUGAAGACUACAUGGACAACCUCCAGAAUGUCAGAAUGAGCAGUAAGGAAGCCAGAGAGUAUCGCAAGCUUCUGUACGAUGCCAGUGUUCAGGAGCUCCAGAACUACAGAGUUAUUCUUUCAACUUGUUUUACUGGUGGCACCAAAAGAGUUAGGGAUGGAACAAGGGGCUCUGUGUUUCAGGUGAUCAUCGAUGAGUGUGCCAUGUCACAAGAGCCUCAUAGCCUGGUGCCCAUUGUGGCUCAUAAGGCCAAGCAGGUAGUCUUGAUUGGUGAUCACAAGCAGCUCCGGCCAAUUGUUAAAUGCAGAGAAGCAGCACAACUUGGACUUACCCAGUCAUUGUUUGAGCGUCUGUUUGAAAGAAGGAUUCAGAGAAACUUCAAAAAGGUUUUCCUUACAGAUCAGUACAGAAUGCAUUCAGAAAUCUGUGAGUUUCCAUCAAAUAUGUUCUAUAAUGGACAGCUCAUAACUGACAGAUCAGUGAAUGAUAGACAAGGAGAUCCACUGCCCUUCUGGCCAGAAAGAGUUCCUCACAUUUUUGUUGAUGUGCAUGGGGAGGAGGAGACCCUCACAGUCACCAGUGAUGAAGGCAAUGAAAGAUCUAAAUCCAAUGAAAUGGAGGCACAGAAAGUGACUGAAAUCUUCAAGUACCUAAAGAGGCGUCACAAUAUUCCAGUAGCUGAACUGAAAGUACUGACACAGUACAAUGCUCAACGCCAUGACAUUUACAAAAAGCUGAAGAAUCUCUGGACUACCGAACGCAGACUAUUUGCGAGAGAUGAUGUCAAAACAUUAGACGUCAGCACCGUUGUCUCUAGUCAAGGUGGUGAGUGGGACUAUGUGAUACUUAGUACAGUACGCUCUCUACCACCAUACAUGAUAGAGCAGCAUCCCUCCGAUGGCUGGUGCAGUCAGUACAUGGGCUUUGUUGUUGAUCGGAAUCAGAUUAACGUGGCUCUCACACGUGCACGACGUGGGCUUAUCAUUGUUGGGAAUGCAGAGCUGUUACGGUGUGAUGCUGUUUGGCAAAAAUUACUGGAAACUUAUGAAAGCAAAGGAGGCCUUUUAAAAGAGAAGAAUUUCCACCUCCAUGAGGUAAAGUUGAAAAGUUUGCCUGAGUUUUAGCUGGCGCAAGGGAUUAGGGCAGUCCUAUAGGCUUCACCAUCUAGAAAUAUCAGAGCUUCUGAUGAUAAGGCAUAUUUAAUGUGAAAGACAUGUUAAUAAACUGUACAAAAACUUAAAAAACAAACUGAAAAUCAUUUUCAUGAAAAAAUGGUACCUAAUGCUAUCAUCACCUUCUGAAACACAAUCCCAGAAAAGUGUUUAAUGCUUGAAGGUAUUCUGUUCUAUGCUUACAGGAAUUUAAGCCCCAGACUAUAGUUUGAGGGCUGUUAUGAUUAUUUCACAUUCAAGUGCAAUAAUCAGCAUGAAUUAAGCUGAUGUUGUAAAUAGUGAUAUGCUUAGUUACUGUAUGCUUAAAUCGGAAUCAGAAAAUUAUGAGUUGUGACAUUUUUUCCCUGAUGCUACUAUGAUAUAUUCGUUUAAUAUAAUUAAAAAUGAAAUAAAUCACAGCUUUUCAUGAAUUUUUAAUCAAUCAAUUUUUUUAAAUAUUGGAAUUAUUUUUUAAAAGUGCUGUAAUGAUGUAUUACUAUUACAGCUAUUAAUUUUUUGGAUGUAAGAGGUACUGGUAUCUUCAUGAGUAUUAUGUCAUAAAUGAGUCAAGCAUUAUACCCAUUGAUAUAUAACAUUUCCUUUUUAAGAGAAAGUGGAUGUACAUGCAAUCUUAAACUUUUGACACGUGUAACAAAUAUUUCUUACUCUUAAAAUAGCUUUAAUCACAUUUACUUGUGGUUUUUAAAUGGAAAAUGCUUUCACUUUGUUUUUAUAAACAUACUUUGAAUCACAUCCCUGUUGAUCACAGAAAUUGAAAUGUUGCCUUGAAAUCUAGGUUUUUUUCCUAUACUGUUCUGAGUACAAUUUUUUUAUCAAGUGAAAUGAUCAUAUUUGCCUUUUUGUGCCUUUAUUUCAUACUGGACUUAAAAUGGUCCAACCUAAAAGGGGGAAACCUGAUUGUCAAGGAAUGCACAUCUGCAAUAAUCUUGCAGCUGUAUAAUUAGAUGUACAGACUAUAAGCUGAUCCCGUUCUUCCUUACUACCAAUCUCCACCAGCAGCAUUAACUUGGCAUGUAAACGGUAAAUUGUUAAUUUUGGGAACUUUUGAGUAAUUUUUGAUAGUUCAUUGUCCUUGGAUCAUCACAUCCAGAAUGCAAUUAAUAAAGUCAGACAUUUAAUUAACUGUUGAAUGUGAUUUUUGAAAAACAGUUCUUAGCUUUCAGUUAUUAUUUUAGUCGCUACUUUUUAACCUGACACCUCUUUCCUGCGGGUGUGUAGUUUUUAGAAUUCUUUGUUAGGGUAAGAUUUUUAUUUAUCUGAGUUGAAUUGGGAUGGCUGGCAAACAAUGUUACCACUAUGCAGCUGUUUGUUUGAUGCCAGUCUAUACUUAUCUAAGACCUGUUCCAGUUCUUGUCUGUCUGGUUUGUUUUUGUUACAUUCCAACAGUAUGUGUGAAGUACUUUUUUAUGUUUAUUUUUAUGGCAUGCUAUGACUAAACUUGGUGACUGUGAUUCCUUCAUUAACAAUGAUCAACAAAAAUCAACACUAAAAGAGAAAACUUUCAACACAAUUACAAUGUGUUUUUGGAAACCAGACAAAU